AUGCAGUCUAGGGAUGCGGUACAACGAUUCUAUAAUCUCUACGACACUGCGGAAACGACGCUAGCGACGCACGGGCAACUAGCUGGAUACUUCGAGAAGAAGUACCGCGAAUUAUACGGGAAAAGUACCUUAUUUUAUCUAUCAAGAUUGAUGCUUUCUCCUUAGGCUGGCAUGAAUUUUAUGCUUGCUGUUACCUGGUAAGACGCGCAUUUAAUUCUGCUCGUCGCUCUUGAUUCCCAUCAGAACGCCUUUCCUCCGACGAUGCCCUCUUGUACCGCCAAACCUUGAGCCGGUUGCCUUACCACACUCUCCGAAGUUUGCAGGCUACAACAGCGGCUUCUCCCAGUACUAAUUGCAAAGCGCUCUUUCUCGAUGCUGAAAACAAUAUGCGCUUUUUGGUCGAAAAGAGCCUAAACGGCUUGUUUGGAGAGUUUUUACUCGAGUUCCGAAAGUUCCGGAUAGCAACAAAAAUUGGGGAAGAUGGAAAUUUGUCCAGCAACACCUUGCGAGACUUCAACGAAUGGUACCAGGGGAACGCACACGUGAUGAGGCUUUUCAUCAAAACCAAAAGUCUGGAACUCUGCCACGUUGUCCGACAACAGAUUGCAAAUACACGAGACGACUCUGAAGUACUGGCGACGUGUCGUGGCUCGAAGGAAGGAGACAAAAAAGCAGAUACUACAAAAACUAUUAAAACUACUAGUGGUGCUACUCCAUCAAGAACCCGUGGUCCGGUCUUUCUCAACUGGCGCAACAAGCCUCAGCUACGCCCUGAAAUCGAGCAAGUCUUGCAGCAGCCCAAUGGCGUCUGGGUGUGGACUGCGGCAGUGUCGCCGAAAAACCAAUACAUCGCGUUAGGCUGUAGCGAUCGGUUGAUUCACGUCCUGGAUUUCGUGUCUUUCGAUGAGACGUUGACAUUGUUUGGCCAUACUGGGGAGCUGUCGCAUUGUGCUUUUGUUUAUGGGAUGGUGACGUCUAGCUGUUCGAUAUUCAUCAAAGAUUGGUCGAAGUGCCAAUUGCUUGUACCGAGGUACUGGCUACCUGAUGUUGUCUAUGUUUUCAUCGCAUGCGUUACGAAUAAACUGUGGUGCUGGUCGUGCUCAAUGUACAGCCCUCUCCUUUCUCCUUUCAUUCCAUCACAAACACAAUCCUGGUCACCGUUGCUGGUUGUAGACCUUAUCGCAAGGAAAACGAGAUCAUUCUUUGGGACGUCACAAAGGGGAGCAAGUUGAGGCAGCUUUCGGCACGUGGAGGAUGUACUUCACUUGUUGUCAGUCCAGAAAACCGGAACGAGGGCACCUUUUCAGUACGGGCCUCCGAAUGGGUUUCUGUGUACGAAUGUGGGAACAUGGCUAGUGCCGCUCCAAAUGCAAACUCUAGUACUACAACUUUGGAAGUAGCUACUGCGGAGACAGGACGUAGCGGACAAGGCUGUGAUGUAAGGAGUUUCGAGGCGAACACUACCCAAGAACAGGGAGAUGAAGCAAAAACAAGAAAGGGGAAAUCUUACGUUUUUGCAGCAGGGUCUGGAAGUGAAAUCAAGCUGUAUCGAAGUGAUGGGGGCGCUGCUGUUGGGGACACAAGUUCGAUUGAAAUCUCGACCUUCCCAGGACACGAGGACUCGAUUGUCGAUUUGAGAUUUUUGGACAUUGAACUGCAAAGUCAAGCUGGAGCCCCUACAACACUGUCAGGACGCCUUGUCUCUGCGUCAAUGGACCACAGUUUACGCCUCUGGGAUUUAGCGAAGGGCACCUGUCUACAUUGCUUGAAGAAUGCCCAUUCACCAGAGACGGACUUGACAGCCUUGACGGUGUAUUCUCAACUACUAGGGCCGCAAGUAGGAGCAGAUAAAAAGAGUACAAAGGAAGCAGGACUAGCUGCACAUGGGGAUCGCCUAUCAUCUGGUUGGAUGGUUAUCACUUGCGCUGAUGACAAAACUUUGAAAGUGUUUGAGUGUGUGUCUGGUUUGGCAUCUGGUCUUGUAGCCAGUAAAGCGCCUUCUGCAAAGAGUAAAGCUACCCAGAAGACAUCCGCUAUCACGGGAACUCCUAAGGGCAAAGGGGCAACUGGGUCUGGUCAAGCAAGCAAGGGCGCAUCUUCCGAUUCGACUUUUCAACACCUUGCAACCUUAGAGGGUAACGCAAGCAGCGUAAAGAGUGCGCAAGUGAUAACCAGUGGCGAACGUUGUGUGUCCUGUUCCGAUGAUGGCGUUGUGCGGAUAUACAACUUAAAUGUAGCGCUUGCGAAUCAUCGAGUCAGGAUGAAUGUAGUUGAUGGGAGCAGUCAAGGGCAAGGGACUAGUGGAGGAGGAGGACAAGGGGUGAAACUACCACCGAUUCUGGCUGCUGUUGGAAACACUAAGGCGAGCAGCGCUGCUGUAUCUGGGUCAAACUCAGCUUCCAAAUUCCCCAAGCCUCGCAUCAAGGACCAUAAACCUAAUGCAGUAUCGAGUUGCGUUCUGCUGACAGAAUCGCAUCUAGCAUCCGCCGAUGUGAGUGGGCGAGUGGUAUUGUGGGAGCUUAUCGGGAACGACAAGUCUGCGGUUUGGUCCAAAACCCUACGGUCGGCAAAUGAGAUGUCCAUGGCAGCUGUGAGUUCCAUCGUGGCGGUGAACACUACGAAGCAAGGGGAUACGUCUGGCACCAGUACGGUUGAUAUCAACAGAGUUCUUCUUUUUUGUGCUAUGUUUCGUGUAGUGCAUGUAGUUCGCGCCUCUGAUGGAGAAAAUUUGCAUAGUUGUGCUUUUCCAGAUUGGGUGAACGCACUAAGCCUAGGACCUAGUGCAUUGGUUGCUGGUGGUGACAGCUUUAUUGUUGCGUGGUUGCCACUACAAGAAGAGAAUCUCGCUUUCCUAGCUGAUCUGGCCAUUGGCAAAAAGAAGAGCACUACCGAGUCAGCAGAAGAAGCGGUUCGGGUAAGCGGAGCUUCGUCUGCGGACACAUUUUUGCCCUGGCAUCGGGCAACGCAUAGUGCAGCAAAGGCGUCCGCAAAAACAGCGGUUCUAGCAGUUGCGGCAUCGUCAAAGCUGAUAGCGAAGGGCACUAAAGGUAGGUACUUCAUUGCUUCCGGCUCAAACGAUCAUGUAGUGCGACUAUGGGAUGGCGGCUCGGCAGGUGUCCUGUUAGCGCAGUUUACAGCUGAAUCAUGGGUAGUGAGCUUGUGCUUCACAUCGGAGGGUGCGAAAAGCAGUGAUGACGGAACAGCGCCACGACAAUCGGACUCAAAACAUCUGUUCUUCGGAACGCAGCGAGGAGAAAUAGGCGUGCUGAACGCGGCAGACGCAAGCGAGCAAAUGGAGGCUGUCGUGAUUCGAGGAGACCUCUUGCAGGGAGCAACAAUUGCAUGGUGCGAACCUUUGUCGGAGAGCGCAAUUGCGCUGGCAACUUUUAUGGCUUGGUUGUUUGUAGUUUUAGCAGUCUUCUGGCUUGCCACUGGGCAAGAUCAGUCUCGCCCUCCCAUCACUCCUUCAUAGCAUCCGACAAGAUGGUCUACAUCGUGAACAUCAACACGACACCAGCCGAGGAUGCGGCGACGCUGAAGCUCGUUGGCUUCUUUCCAGCAAGCGGUCCUUUCGGGUCAGCCGAUGGUAUAGGGGGGCAGGGGUCAUGUUGGACUCGGAAAAGGGGUAGUGGAGACUCUGCAUUGGGCACGAUUUGCAUCGGGGAUCAAACAGGUGAAUUGUAUUGCUUAGAUGCGACACAUUGAUAACUACAUGUUGAGACUGUUGUAUGGCUAUUUUCUUUCGUAUGACAGAAUCUUGACUCAAAUGUUCGUUCUUUGUAUCGGUGAAUAUGGCGGUAUCUAUAGAAUGAAGACCUACAAUCAAGAUUCUAAUGCUCGCGAAGAUAUGAAUGCUGGAACACGCUAAAGCGUAUCUGACAGGUCCACAUUCAUGCUUUGAAAUUUAGCUCAAUGAACAAAACGCCUAAUAGCUUGGCUGGUUGGAAUAUCAUGAUGCCUGUAUUCCUCUUACGCUUGAGGUUAUGGUGAAAUAAUAAGUAGCGUUUCCCCUCUUUGACUGUUCGUUCUUGGUCGUAAUUUUUGGUUUUACGACUAGCCGUGACCUUUUUUUGGGUCUUGUAAGGUCAUUUGCGUCGCUUAUACUUCUUAAAAGAUGGCUUGGCUACAAGCUCGGCAUGGGAGAUUGUUCAAAGAUCUUCCCAACAGUGAACUACUGAACGAUAACAUGCUUGACCGCAUCACUACACCUCUGAGAAGACAGGACUGCAAAAUUGAACGACCUCAUGAGGCUGAAGUGCAUGCACACUUCUACAAGUCGCACCAGAAGAUUCUGCACUGCGUUUGAGUUUUUUUUUGAUACUGAAGGAACGAACGUGAACCGAGAACUGCACGUGAACAAGACCAUCCUGAACCAACUAGUACGACUAUGUGGUGCGUUGAUUGAAAAAGACGGGGGCCGUGUACCUUUUGGCGAGUCUCCGUCCGACUGAAAGAUGCUGUUAUGUACUGUAUUUUUCUUCUGUAUCACUCGAGCUCGACUUCCACUGUCAACUUUAUAGCCUCUUCAAUGAAUUUAGAGUGACCAUCGAGCAAGCUAAUAGUAACUCACCUUGCAAGCCGAGUUUUUGCUUUUUCUAAAAAUCCUGAUGUAGUAGCUUUCCACAAAUGAUCCAUAUCUUUUAGAUUUCGAUUUAGAAG